AUGCAACGUACAGCAUCUUCAGCCAAGAAAACUGGCCAACUGCUUUUCAGAUACCGAAAUCAAAUAUUAACACCUAAACAGCAGCAAAAACCAUGCGAUGUGUUCAUCAAUCACCGAGGAAUCGAUACGAAGAAAAAUGUUGCAGGAUUGCUCUACGAUCAUCUCAAAAGACUAGGGGUAAGCCCCUUUUUGGACAGCAAGAACAUGAAACCAGGUGACAAAUUGUUCGAAAAAAUUGACGUGGGAAUUCACCAAUGCAAGGUUGGAGUGGCCGUGUUUUCACCAAAUUAUUGCAAAUCCCACUUUUGCCUGCACGAAUUGGCUCUAAUGAUGGAGCUACAAAAGAAGGUUGUACCAAUUUUUUGCAACGUAAAACCUUCUGAACUCCAUGUUAUGGACAGCCGUACCUGCACAUCGGAGAAUUUGGAGCGGUUUAGCCGGGCUCUGGAGGAGGCGAAAUACACGGUUGGACUCACAUUUGAUACGUCAACAGGGGAUUGGUCAGAAUUCCUAACAAGUGCCUCAGAUGCGGUAAUGAAGAAUUUGGUGGAGGUUGAAGGAGACCGGACGUAUUGGAGGAGACACAAGUUUUCUUCUUCGUAA